AUGCGCUCUUUCAGGCGCACACUCACGCUCUCUCACGCGCUCUCUCACGCGCUCUCUCAUACGCACCCUCACGCGCUCCCUCACGCGCUCUCACACGCGCUCUCUCACGCGCUCUCUCAUACGCACCCUCACGCGCUCCCUCACGCGCUCUCACACGCGCUCUCUCACGCGCUCUCUCACGCCCUCUCUCACGCACUCUCUCACGCACACUCUCACGUGCACUCUCACGCGCUCUCUCACGCGCUCUCUCGCGCGCUCUCUCACGCGCACUCUCACGCAAACUCUCACAUGCACUCUCUCGCUCACUCUCACGCGCACUCUCUCUCUCACGAGCUCUCUCACGCGCUCUCUCACGCGCUCUCUCAUACGCACCCUCACGAGCUCUCUCACGCGCUCUCACACACGCUCUCUCACGCGCUCUCUCACGCCCUCUCUCAUGCACUCUCUCACGCGCUCUUUCACGCACACUCUCACGCGCUCUCUCACGCGCACUCUCACGCAAACUCUCACAUGCACUCUCUCGCGCACUCUCACGCGCACUCUCUCUCUCACGAGCUCUCUCACGCGCUCUCUCACGCGCACACUCACGCUCUCUCACGCGCUCUCUCACGCGCUCUCUCAUACGCACCCUCACGAGCUCUCUCACGCGCUCUCUCACGCCCUCUCUCACGCACUCUCUCACGCGCUCUUUCACGCGCACUCUCACACGCACUCUCACGCGCUCUCUCACACACACUCUCAGGCACACUCUCACGCGCUCGCUCUCGCGCACUCUCACGCGCAUUCUCUCUCUCACGCGCUCUCUCACGCGCUCUCUCACGCGCACUCUCACGCGUACUCUCACGCGCUCUUUCAUACGCAACCUCACGUGCGCUCUCUCACGCGCUCUCUCAUGCGCUCUCUCAUGCGCUCUCUCACGCGCACCCUCACGCGCUCUCCCGCGCGCACUCUCAUGCGCACUCUCACGCGCACUCUCACACGCACUCUCACGCGCACUCUCACGCGCACUCUCACGCGCACUCUCACGCGCUCUCUCACGCGCACUCUCACGCGCACUCUCACGCGCACUCUCACGCGCUCCCUCACGCGCUCUCUCACGCGCACUCUCACGCGCUCUCUCGCACACUCUCUCGGGCACUCUCUCGCGCGCUCUCUCACGCACACUCUCACGCGCACUCUCACAUGCACUCUCUCGCGCACUCUCACGCGCACUCUCUCUCUCUCACGAGCUCUUUCAUGCGCUCUCUCACGCGCACACUCACGCUCUCUCACGCGCUCUCACGCGCUCUCUCAUACGCACCCUCACGCGCUCCCUCACGCGCUCUCACACGCGCUCUCUCACGCGCUCUCUCACGCCCUCUCUCACGCACUCUCUCACGCGCACUCUCACGCGCUCUCUCACGCACACUCUCACGCGCUCUCCCACACAAACUCUCACAUGCACUCUCUCGCGCACUCUUACGCGCACUCUCUCUCUCACGAGCUCUCUCACGCGCUCUCUCACGCGCUCUCUCAUACGCACCCUCACGAGCUCUCUCAUACGCACCCUCACAAGCUCUCUCACGCGCUCUCUCACGCACUCUCUCACGCACUCUCACACGCACUCUCACGCGCUCUCUCACACACACUCUCAGGCACACUCUCACGCGCUCGCUCUCGCGCACUCUCACGCGCAUUCUCUCUCUCACGCGCUCUCUCACGCGCACUCUCACGCGUACUCUCACGCUCUCUCACGCGCUCUCUCAUAUGCAACCUCACGUGCGCUCUCUCACGCGCUCUCUCAUGCGCUCUCUCACGCGCUCUCUCACGCGCACCUCACGCACACCCUCACGUGCUCUCUCACGCGCUCCCUCACGCGCUCUCUCAUGCGCUCUCUCACGCGCUCUCACGCGCUCUCUCACGCGCUACCUCACGCACGCGCUCCCCCAGCGCGCUAGGCGCCAGCGCGCUAGGCGCCAGCGCGCUCCGGCCGGCAUGUUUACCGUCCAGCAGACGCCGUCCACCGUGCUGUGCUGCCUGUGCGGCACGGCCAUGCCGCCCAACCCGACCGGCAUGUGCCCCGGCUGCAUCCGCACGCACGUCGAUAUCACUGAGGGCCUCCCGCGCCGCCUGUCGGUGCUGCGCUGCCCGCCGCCGUGCGGAAGGUUCCUCGCGCCGCCACGCGCGUGGAUCCGCGCUGAGCUCGAGUCGAAGGAGCUCCUCACGUUCUGCCUCAAGCGCAUGAAGAAUCUCAACAAAGUGAAGCUGGUGGAUGCCUCUUUCAUCUGGACAGAGCCACACUCCAAGCGAAUUAAAAUCAAGGUGACGAUACAGAAGGAAGUUCUCAGUGGCGCAGUGCUGCAGCAAACCUUUGUGACGGAAUACGUGGUGGAGGACCACAUGUGCGACGCGUGCACGCGGUCGGCAGCCAACCCGGACCAGUGGGUGGCGGUGGUGCAGCUGCGGCAGAAGGCGGAGCACAAGCGCACGUUUCUGUUUUUGGAGCAGCUUAUAUUGAAGCAUGGUGCCGACGCCAACACCAUCAACAUCCGCCAGGUGCAUGACGGCAUUGACUUUUACUACGCCAACCGCUCGCACGCGCAGAAGUUUGUUGACUUUGUGUCGGCCGUGGUGCCAGCUCAGCACCGCAGCGACAAGCAGCUGGUGUCGCAUGACAUCCACACGGCCUCGUACAACUACAAGUACACUUUCUCGGUGGAAAUCUGUCCGGUCUGCAAGGAGGACCUGAUUUGCCUCCCCCCGAAAGCCGCCAAUGCGUGUGGCACGGCGGCGAACCCUCUCGUCCUCUGCAUCCGCGUCUCCAACUCGCUUCAGCUCCUUGACCCAUCCACCCUGCAUGCCAUCUACCUUGACUCGAACCAGUACUGGCGCUAUGGCUUUAAGCCCCUGCUCUCCUCGCGGCAGCUCGUGGAGUACGUGGUGCUAGACGUUGAGACCGUGGGGGGCGGAGGGGGAUGGGGUGGCGGAGGGGGAUGGGGGGGCGGAGGCGGAGGGGGAGGCGGAGGGGGAGCAGGGGGAGCGGGGGGAGCGGGGGGAGUGGGGGGAGCUCCGCACAAGGCGGGGGGAGGGGCGUUGGCGCGGUUUGUGCUGGCAGACGUGCAGGUGGCGCGGGUGGCGGAUUUCGGGAAGAACGAUGCGAUGUUCACUGCCAGGACGCACCUGGGUCAUUUGUUGAGGCCGGGAGAUUAUGCCAUGGGAUACGACCUGCACGGGGCCAACCUCAACAGCGAUGAUUUGGCCAGGUACAGCAACAGAGCCACCCUUCCCGACGUGAUCCUCGUGCGCAAGAGCUACGAGGAGAAGCGCAAGAAGCGGCGCGGCAAGCCGCGUGCGUGGAAGCUCAAGCAGCUGGACAUGGAAGUGGAUGGGGGCGCCGCAGAGAGAGGAGCGGAGAGAGGAGAACGAGGAGGAGGAGGUGGUGGGGCGAAGGGACGGAUUGAUGAAGAGAGGGAUGCGGCGGAUAAAGAGAGGUUUUUGGAGGAGUUGGAGGAGGAUGCUGAGAUGCGGUCGUGGAUUGCGGUUUACCGCGACCCGACAUUUGUGCCUCCUGUGGGAGCAGCGAGAGGAGGGGAUGAGAUGGUGGAUGCUGGGGAGGAAGAGGAGGAGGAGGAUGGGGAGGAGGUGCCGGAAAUUCCACUGGAGGAGCUGUUAUCGGAUUUGAGGAUUGGUGGAGAGGAGGCGGAGGCGGAGGAGGGGGAGGUGGAGGAUGAUGAGGAUGAUGUGAUGGAAACAUAA